AUGGCCAGCAUGCAAGAAAAAGCCAUCGCUAUCACAGGCGGUGCAAGCGGCAUAGGUCUCGCAACAGCGAAGAUCCUGGCGUCUCGAGGAGCUAAAGUCAGCAUCUGCGAUGUCUCCAAAGAGAACUUGACGAAAGCCAAGGAAUCCAUUGAUGGCGACGUCCUCGCAUGCAAAGUCGACGUAAGGAUCCUGAAGGAAGUCCAGGACUGGCUGAAGCAGACCGUCGAUAAGUUCGGAAGCCUGGAUGGGGCGGCGAACCUGGCGGGAACCAUUGGGAAGAAGUUCGGACAACAUGCGAUCGAUGAAGAGGAUGAGGAGAUGUGGGAUUUGAUUAUUGGGGUCAACCUUACACACGGCGUAGUAGCCCUCACCAAAACCGCCGCCAUCGACUUCGGAUCGAGGGGCAUCAGAAUAAACGCCGUUGCACCUGGUAUUGUCGACACGCCAAUGCUCGAGUCUGCUACGUCUUUCUUUGGGCCAGGCUCGUUCGAAGGACAGACCAAGACGAAGCCGAUUCAGAGAAUGGCUCAGCCCCAGGAGGUUGGCAAUACGAUCGCUUUCCUGCUCAGUGACGAUGCAAGUUUUAUUACUGGGUCGGUUUACGAGGUUGAUGGUGGUUGGACGGCUGGUGGUUGA